UCAAUUUAAUAUUUUCCGCCGUCGUUCUCCAUCAAGAAGCCGGAAGCGCCAUGAAGAUCGUCGCGAUCCAAUUCCUUCGGGCGGAGCAAGGUGAGGCUGAACCUCCCAUCCUUGCAAGCGCAUUCGACCUCAACUCGUUCAGUUACUUCAAACGAUCCACGGUCCGCGAUAUGAUCAACUUUUUCAGCCGCACAUUCAUCAAGCGAACACCCAAGGGUCAGCGACAAUCCAUUCAACACGAAGAGUACAACUGCCACGUGUACGUGCGUCAAGACGGUUUGGCUGGCAUCGUUGUGUGCGACCAAGAGUACCCUCCCCGUGUCGCGUUUGCCUUGAUGAACAAGUUCCUCGAAGAAUUCCACAAAGAAACGAACGGCGAGUGGCGCACGAGUCCGAACGCUGCCAACCCGGAUUGGGCGCCGCUGGUGAAAGCGUUGGAGGACUACCAAGACCCGUCCAAGGCCGACAAGAUCUCGGCAAUUCAAAAGGAGUUGGACGAAACCACCGCCGUGCUGUCCAAGACGAUCGACAGCGUGCUCGAACGUGGCGAAAAGCUCGACGACCUCGUGCAAAAGUCGCAAGACUUGAGCAGCCAGUCCAAAGUAUUUUACAAGCAAGCGAAGAAGACCAACUCGUGCUGCGUCCUCAUGUAGACUGGGGAGCGACUGGUCUCGUUGGCAUGAGCCCACUUGCAUUGACAUGAUCCAUUCUGUUUUUCCA